AUGAUGCAGGCCGUUUCGAGAAGAUUAGGACACCAAUACAUCAAGCAAUCGCCUUCGAUUUCUUCAAUUUACCCUCUUUCUGAUCGGUAUUAUGGAGGCGAGAGGUACCAAUCUACACUUACCACCAAAGGGGUGGGGCAUCUGGUCCGUAAGGGCACUGGUGGAAGAUCUUCUGUUAGUGGAAUUGUUGCGACAGUGUUUGGCGCUACUGGAUUUCUUGGGCGUUAUCUUGUGCAACAGCUUGCUAAAAUGGGUUCUCAAGUGUUAGUUCCUUUCCGAGGGUCUGAGGAUUCUCACCGUCACCUCAAAUUAAUGGGUGAUUUAGGUCAGAUUGUUCCAAUGAAAUAUGACCCUAGAGAUGAAAAUUCUAUCAAGGCAGUGAUGGCAAAGGCUAAUGUUGUUAUUAAUCUUAUUGGAAGGGAAUACGAGACCAGAAAUUAUAGCUUUGAGGAAGUCAAUCAUCACAUGGCUGAACAGCUUGCAAUGAUUGCUAAAGAACACGGUGGCAUAAUGAGAUUUAUUCAAGUUUCUUGUUUGGGGGCAUCUCCAUCAUCUUCAUCCAGAUAUCUGAAGUCUAAAGCAGCUGCUGAAGAAGCUGUUUUACGAGAACUGCCUGAGGCCACAGUUAUGAAACCAGCCGUGAUGAUUGGCACAGAGGAUAGAAUUUUAAAUACAUGGGCGCAUUUUGCCAAAAAUUACAGCUUUCUCCCACUUAUGGGAGAUGGAUCUACCAAGAUUCAGCCUGUAUAUGUUGUUGAUGUUGCUUCUGCUAUUGUCACUGCCUUAAAAGAUAAUGGUACCAGCAUGGGAAAAGUUUAUGAACUUGGUGGACCAGAUAUUUUCACUGUCCAUGAGUUGGCAGACCUUAUGUAUGAUGUGAUCCGUGAAUGGCCUCGGUAUGUGAAGAUUCCUUUUUCCAUUGCUAAGGCUAUCGCAAUGCCUCGAGAAAUAUUGCUUAAGAAAGUUCCUGUCCCGAUGCCUAUCCCUGCCAUCUUCAAUCUGGACCUGAUUGAAGCCAAUUCCACUGAUACACUGGUGUCCGGAAAUGCUUUAAAAUUUGAGGAUCUUGGGAUUGUGCCACAUAAACUGAAGGGGUAUCCAGUCGAGUUUCUUAUACAAUAUCGUAAGGGUGGUCCACAGUAUGGUUCUACAGUUAGUGAAAAAGUAACCCCCCAGUCAUGGUCUUGA